AACAUAUAUAGUUAUUCAUUUAUGGAAAUAAUUUAAAUGCGCAGAUGCUUUGUUUUCCCUGUUAGCAUUUUCAAGAGUCUGCCGUGCACUUGGAAGCAGCUUGUUUGCAUUUCUCCGAGACUGAAACCUCUAUUCAUUUCCUUAAGUGUAGUAAGAAAAGUAGCAGCAGUGUAAGCUUACUCGUAAUUAUCAGCUUGAGCUGAUCCGGGUAUGGGAGUAGCUGGUUGAAGUGACUCCACAGAAGUCGCUGAUUAUUUAUGUGACACGGACAACUUUGAUCGCUGCUCUUCAAACAGCCUGUUGACAGGAAUCUAAGUGCAGCGCUGGGGGCGGGCAGGUCCGGUGGUUGUGGGGCAGCCAGUGUACAGAUAUUUCAACUAAGUCGCAAAUAUUGGAAAAAGUAGGCUUUUAAAAAUGCGGUUUAAACAACCUAAUUUAAAAAUAAAUGUAUUAUGAUGUUUAAAGAAUUUUAGCCAGCUAACUGUGUCUCAGUGAUAUGAGAGGAGUCAGCUUCUGCUAUUCUGCUUGCAGAUUUAUGGUGGAAGAAACCGUGGUGUUGAUUGCAUUAUAUAGAAGAGAAGGUUUCUGUCCUGCCUGCUGUUGCGCUAUGAUUUGAAAUUCUUUCCCAAAGCUUGCAGACUAUAGACAUGAAGCUCACAAAAGCAUGUAACCUUUCUUCCUCACGCUUCUGGUUCUAAUGAGAAAUGAUUUUCAGUCUUUUACCAUAAGCUUUCCCCUUUGUGUACGAAACAGUGUUUGGAUAAAGCGGCGUUUGGAAAGUGCCAGUGAUUCAGGGCUGAACAAUACAGUGGAUCAAAAGGCCUUUUUUUUCAAAUGGGGCAUGGCCAGCCCUUUUUGUUUAGUUCAUAUGACAAUGAUAAACCAGCCAGGGAGUUAUUUAAAGAAUAUGAAAAACCGACUGAGUUAUUUUUUAACCAGUGUGCCUUAAAGGGCAGCGUAACUGUAUUUGAUAGAUGUUUAAGAAGGGUGGUGGUCAUGAUUUGAAGAUCGCGAACGUCCUCUGAAUAAAUGAGGGAGUGGUGAGAUACCAAUAGGCGUUUUGUUUGAGGUAACUUCUAUAUUUUCGUACAAAACUUUUGGAAUUGAAAUUGCGGAUGCCAGAGCUAUUCCCAGCCCUCGGCCAAGCGUGGGGGUGAGUACGACCCAGAACUACUCACGCAUUUACAUUGGAAAUAUCUGAGAUACAAACAAAGUGGUGCUUUAUUUAGCAGGAACUGAACCAAACGACUGGAGUUCUUUUCUAUAUUGACUUAACACCUUCCGUUUUCAUUACUUCACUUUUCAUCCACGGGUGAAUGCCUUUUAAGCCAUCACUGUCUGAAGAAAUUUAGCAACCCGUGUCAGGGAGAUCCAGCCCAUAAAUUUUAAGCACAAGGUUGCAACUACUAGGGAGACUGAAAAUCUAUGAAGAAUUGAGAUGUCUUUGGUUAGUUGCCCGUGGUAUCUAGUUGAUGAUUUAAUUGCAGUUUUUGGAGCUACAGAUUCUGCAGUUAAUUCUACCAAAUGAUUUCAGUGGCGUGUAUGUGUCCGUUGAUGCUGUACUGUUAAGCGUGCAGGCUCACUGAAAAGGGUCUCACGGAGCUGAUGGACGUGAUUGUGUGUCCCAGUACCAGAUUGUGUGUCCCAGUACCAGAUUGUGUGUCCCAGUACCAGAUUGUGUGUCCCAGUAUCAGAUUGUGUGUCCCACUACCAGAUUGUGUAUACCAGUACCAGAUUGUGUGUCCCACUACCACAUUGUGUAUCCCAGUACCAUUGUGUAUCCCGGUACCACAUUGUGUAUCCCAGUACCAUUGUGUAUCCCAGUAUCAGAUUGUGUAUCCCAGUACCGCAUUGUGUAUCCCAGUACCACAUUGUGUAUCCCAGUACCAGAGUGCUCGCUUGAUUUAAAAAACAAAUCCACUCUUAGCCUAUGAAUCAGGAAUUAGAGAAAUUUAUAUCAAGAAAAGGCAUAAUUGUAAUCUGUGUGAGUACAUAUGUUUAAAACAUACGUAUGUAUAAAUUUGUUUAGCCAUUUGGUCAAAAAAGGUGGCCUAAUGAUGUGUACUUAAAUACAGACCAUAGGCAGUUUUCAGUUCUUCUGGAGGCUGUUCCGUGCCUGAAUGAACAGUGAACCUCGUACGCAAAAAUAAACUCUGGAAAGAAACCGUGUUGUGGGAAGGUGGUGCUGCGUGGAGCUGGUGGGUAGGGGUGGUUAUGGCCGGAGCUACAUCCUGACUGUCGUUCACCGGCUUCUGUUCGCUGACAGGAGCACGAGCAGCAAUUGACGGGAGGAUGGAGUAUCUGGCUUGGAGCCACAAACCCUCAAGAGGUGUCUCCAUUUUCUGCACAAACUCCAGCCUUUGAAGCAGCUCAGGAGCGAUUGUAUUAUAUAGAAAUAUACAGCCCUUCAGCAUUUUUCUGUGUGCUCAGUCUUGGGGCUGGGGUGCAUUUACUGCUGUAAAAAGAUCAUGUUUGGAGAGGAAAUAAUUAUUUGCCAGCCAGCCAGAAGCAGAAGGAAGACUUGAUUAUUGCUGCUUGCGAGGUGAUUGCUUUGGCCGAUUGUUGAGUUGGAAAGGUCAGGGACUGUGGAUUAGCUCAGGUGUUUGUCAUUGCCCAAAGGAGAAAGGCGAGCUCUUCCUGACAAUGCUGCUAACUUUAGCUGGCUCAUACGGCUUGGGUCAGUAUUCGCCCCGUGUUCACGAACCAGUUGUAGGCAUGGACAACACCAGUCGCUGUGGUUGGUUGUGCAAAGGGAAAGGAGUGGAGUCAGAUACCUCAGUAUUUUUGGCAGGAGAGCAUAAGGAAUCUUGUCACCUGAAGAAAACCAUGGGUAGAAGCUGAACAGAAUCAAUGGUGGGAUGGAGCCUGUGAAGUGUGUUGAUUAGCGACUCCUCUUCCAUGUUAGCGGAAGGAGCGCGCUGUACGUCAUGGCUUGGCCCUGCAGUCUAAUCUUGAAAUAAUCAGCCCGGAGCGAGCAGGCGUGUAAAACAGAUGGGGGAAUUGCACGCAGGGUGACGUUACGGGGAAUGCCUGAUAAUUUAGAUACCAUUUUGUUGUCAAUGUCCUUAAAGGGUGUGUGUUUCUGUUGGGAGGUUAUGUUUAAUACAUUAAAGGAAACUAUACUCAACUGAGUUGUAGGCUGCAAAGAGGUUGAAUAAUACAAUAUGAGAACAGGAACGAGUAGUUAUAUCCUGUCUCUGGUGUGGUUCAGUAAUCAGAGUUCAAAGUUUUCCUUUAAUGAAUUAUGAAUAAAAAUGUAUUGCUUAUGUUUUUCCCCAUGCUUUGUUCACAAGAAAAUAAUUACCAUUCAUGAAUAUUUUCUUUAAUUUCAAAUAGCGAACGUGAAGUGCUAGACCCAAACUUUGAUCUCCAUUGUAUUAGUGGAAGUGGUUUAAUUAAUGAGGCGCAUUAGAGACGUUCCGGGCUUGGAAGGACAAAGGUGGGGGCACGCGGCUCGUGGCGAAGCACUCGCGGGUGUCCGUGUGUGUAGCUGGAACCCGGCAUCCAACAGACCCGGCUGUGGACCACACGUUCCCAACUCCACCCUGGAGCUCGCUGCUUCUCCUCGUUGCCUCCCCAGCUAAUCAGCGGUCAGUACAUCGAGCUUGGCUUGUAUUGAGCCAUCGGUUUCUUGUUCUGCACCCCAUUUUUAAUUACUUCAUAACAUGAACAUUAUUCAUGUUUUUUAUGAAAAAUGUGGAUUUAUAUUUGAAAUCCUCACUUUUAUUAGGAUUACUAUCUUGUGGUGCUGUCAUUUUUGUACAUUCCAAACAUUUUCUGAAAAGAAAAUAUUGAUUUAUGACUUUGUAUCUAAAUUUGAAACGAGUACUUUGCUCAGCAAACUCAAUUCGCUAAAGCAGUUUUUAAGUUCAGAUGCAAUGCAGGUUAUUUUUGUUGAUUUUUUCUUGCUGUCAGCUGUCUGUGUCAAGUGUUUAACUCUGUAUGCAAACAGAGAAAGAACACGGAGGCAAGAGAAAUAGGAAAAAUAAUUAUAAAAAUAGAUCCAGUAAAAAGACACAUUUAAAUAAACCAAGUAUUACAAAGUUCUGUUUUGAUUGUGAUAGGUGCUGGUAAGAAAUAGUGUUUACCUCAGGUUUUUAUGUCUGUCCGUAUGAAACGUGGUAACCAACCUAGUAGUGUUUGCUAAAGAUGUGUAAGGCUUUUGUGGUGGUCUUUAUUCCUUCUGAUUUAUUUUUAAGGCAAUUUAUGUCAACUAUUUGGCUUGUUUUCUCUCCCUCCUCCUCUGCACUCCCUUUCUACUUAUAAACCUCCAAAGUCUCUUAGUUUCUACGGCCCUUGACAUUUCAUGGGGUGUUUCGUUAAACAAGCCUUCAUCAGAAUUCGUUAAACUUAUUGCCGCUUCCCAACAGUGAAAUAACACACAAACGCACCAAGGAAUUUCUUUGGGAGGAUACGCUGAAUACCAGUUUAUCUAAGUUUCUACUUGUAUUCUUUUUAAUCCUUAGACCUUGGAAACAACAACAAGUUUGCAGGAAAAAGGAAAAUAAUCUGGCCUUCAGUGCUGGUUUGUGUCUUUAUCUCAGCUCAGGUGCUGUGGGAAUUUCCUCUGAUCUGCGGAGAAAUGGAGGAUGUCAUUCCAUUUCUGCGCAUCUGUUUCAGCCGGGAUUGAUCGACGCCGCUUCCCUGCCGGGGCCAAGUGUUUGUGCCUCAAGUGCGGAGGAGCCAAAGCGCUGGAAAUGGAGAGAAAACACGGGUCUGGAAAGGAAUAGGGAGUUUUGCUACUUUGGUGCUCUGUUCUGUCUUGGAUCUGGAAGUGGAGUAAGAAAUCACGGCUCCAUGCAGUGCGUUCGCCUGUGAUACUUUUUAUAGAUGGGGAGGGAAAUGGGUGGUGUUUUCUGGCUGCUCCAUCCUUCCCAGAGCUGCACAGAACACGUGGGCAGGGGAGCAGAGAUAACCCGCUCCGUGGGGCUGGCGCUGCGGGUGGAGGAGGCUCCACGGAGCAUCGCUAUUCAUAUAUUAGCCUUUAAAAUCACUUGAAAGCAUUGUUUCUAUAAGUGAUUAGUGAAUAAGGGGGAUUUUAGUGUUCUAUAUAUACUGUAAUCUCAGAGCCAAAGGAUUUACAGAGGCGUUCAUCAAGGAUUUUUAAGUGAGAAAAGUAUUUUCUGCAGUUUUUCUUAUUGAGUUUCCACUACUUAACCCAGGUUCUCAUUUAAUAAGUAUAAUAAAAUUAUACAUAACAUACCAAGUUCAUACCUUUUGUUGCUUGCUGAGCUUUCUUACCCUGAAGGCACACGGCUAUGAGUUGUAAUCUGGAAUUUGACUUGGUUGAUGAGUUUGUGAGUAGCAGUCUUCACCUGCCUAAAUACAACGUCUUAAACACGUUAAAGUCUAUCAAAGAGAUACAUUUGGAAAUUUUUUUGGGAAGGCUACCUUCUUACAAGUACACAUUUAAAAAACGUUGGACGUUAUUUUGGGACAGUUUUGUUAAUAGCAUGAAAUUGAUUUUGAGCUGAUUGAAAUUGCCAUUUGCAAAGAAAAACGCAAGACUCGCAUUGUACCGGGGAACGUUGUCUCCUGAUAAAGGUCGUUCCCCUUGGCUCCCCAGGCUGCUGCCGUUGCUCUGUUUUCGGUGCUAGAAUUCAUCAGGUUUGUAGCUGGAGCACAACUUGGAAGUUCCAGGAGGUGAUUUAAGCCUAAGGCUGCGCUCGCUCGAAGGGGAUUGAUUUGCGAGCGGGGGCUGGCUGGGGUGUCCCCGCGGCCGGUGGCACCAGCUGCUCCGUGCGGCGCGGGGGACUCGCUGCCUGUCGCCCUGUGACUUUCCAAGCUGCUGCGUGAGAACUCUGCCAGAGCCCUCUCCCGCCGGCCAUCGCUCCCUUUGGCUCCCUUUGCUGUGCUGAGAGCGGCUGCUCCUGCUCCUUGAACCAGGAGAAGUUCAGUCGCGGGUUUGCCGCGGGCUCAGCCCCAGCGCGUCAGGACUGUGUUGGCAGCAGGGCAGGUUUGUGCCUUGGACCUUUCUGUGCCUUUGUUUCGUACUCAUGGGCUUCAUUGCCUUUCUCUGGAUGCUACAAGGAGACUCAUAGAAGAGCUAUUUUUUCUAAGAAGUAGGUUUUUGACAUGAGCCGGGUGAUUAAUCUGGACUCUUACUGAACUGCUGAGGUCUGUGUGACACUGGGGGGUGUGAAGAGCUCGGAGCCGCACUGGUUGUUCUGUGCUCUGCGCUGGAGCGAUAACGAAGGGCUCUGCUUGCCGGCUCUAAGCCUCUUAGGCUGGGAAGGAGCAGAGCGUAUUCGCACAAUGCUGAAACGGAGGAAGCAGAGGCUCGGAGCCCCAUCUCUGCGGAUCCAAAUCUCCUCUCCUUUGUUCUCCCGCUGCCGAGGAGGUGACGUCCAGCAGCACAUGUUCUCUCCUACACCCGCUCCAGCUCUGCAGCACCUUAAAUUCCCAUUCAGUGCUGAUUGUGCACUUGUUACUUCUCCUCUAGUAUUUUACCUGAGCUCACAAGCCCAGAGCAAUCCGUCUAGCCCAUGCUACAGCCAUCCUUUGCAGUGGAGCUGUCGGACAAGCAACAGGAAGAGUUUGAUCGUAACAUCCAGCACAUCUCCAACCCUCCCGCGACCACAUUCCCCUCUCCAUGGACACGCAGGCAGCAGCCCCUUGGACAGCCCCAGGAACUUCUCUCCCAAUGCACCUGCUCACUUUUCCUUUGUUCCUGCCCGAAGCCACGGCCACAGAGCAGACAGAACGGAUGGACGCCGCUGGUCCUUGGCCUCCCUUCCUUCAUCUGGAUAUGGGACGAACACUCCCAGUUCCACAGUUUCAUCAUCAUGCUCAUCUCAGGAGAAGCUGCACCAGCUGCCCUUUCAGCCCACGGCAGAUGAACUUCAUUUCCUGACAAAGCAUUUCAGUACUGAGAGCAUCACUGAUGAGGAAGGGCGCCAUUCGCCAGCCUUGAGGCCUCGAUCACGCAGUCUCAGUGCAGGCUGCAUGGCAAUUGCGUGUGGAUCUACUAAGUGUAGUUACACAGUAAUCUACAGGAGCAGCCCGGGUCGCUCCCCAAUUUCCUUUGACAGUGAAAUAAUAAUGAUGAACCAUGUGUACAAGGAAAGGUUUCCCAAGGCCACGGCGCAGAUGGAAGAACGGCUGGCUGAGUUUAUUACCUCUAACGCUCCAGAGAACGUGCUGCAAUUAGCAGAUGGGGUCCUAAGUUUCAUUCAUCAUCAAGUUAUUGAGCUGGCCAGAGAUUGCCUAGAUAAAUCACGUGAAGGUCUUAUUACUUCUCGCUACUUUUAUGAGCUGCAGGAAAACUUGGAGAAACUUCUCCAGGAUGCCCACGAGCGAUCCGAGAGCUCCGAGGUCGCCUUCGUUACCCAACUUGUGAAGAAGCUGAUGAUUAUCAUCGCACGACCCGCUCGGCUGCUCGAGUGCCUGGAGUUUGAUCCUGAAGAGUUCUACCAUUUGUUGGAAGCUGCAGAAGGCCAUGCCAAGGAAGGGCAAGGAAUUAAAUGUGACAUUCCUCGUUAUAUUAUCAGCCAGCUGGGACUCACCAGGGAUCCCCUGGAGGAAAUGGCCCAGCUGAAUAGCUAUGACAGCCCAGACACUCCUGAGACAGACGAUUCGGUCGAGAGCCGUGGGGCCUCUGUCCAGUCAAAGAAAACUCCAUCUGAAGAAGAGUUUGAAACUAUUAAACUGAUCAGUAAUGGUGCUUACGGAGCGGUGUAUUUGGUGCGACACAAGACCACCCGUCAGCGUUUUGCCAUGAAGAAGAUCAACAAACAGAACCUAAUAUUGAGAAACCAGAUCCAACAGGCUUUUGUGGAGAGAGAUAUCCUGACGUUUGCUGAGAACCCCUUUGUGGUCAGCAUGUUCUGCUCCUUUGAGACCAAGCGCCACCUCUGCAUGGUUAUGGAGUACGUGGAAGGAGGUGACUGUGCUACCCUUCUCAAGAACAUUGGUGCCCUACCUGUUGAUAUGGCGAGGAUGUAUUUUGCUGAGACUGUUCUGGCGCUGGAGUACCUACACAAUUAUGGAAUUGUUCACCGUGACCUAAAACCUGACAAUCUCCUGAUAACUUCCAUGGGUCACAUUAAACUAACAGACUUUGGACUGUCUAAAAUUGGGUUAAUGAGUCUUACAACUAAUCUUUAUGAGGGACACAUUGAGAAGGAUACCAGGGAAUUCCUGGAUAAGCAGGUCUGUGGGACUCCGGAAUACAUCGCCCCAGAAGUGAUUCUGCGCCAGGGCUAUGGGAAGCCCGUGGACUGGUGGGCCAUGGGGAUUAUCCUGUACGAGUUUCUGGUCGGCUGCGUUCCGUUCUUUGGGGACACACCUGAGGAGCUGUUUGGACAAGUGAUCAGUGAUGAAAUUGCCUGGCCGGAAGGUGACGAUGCCCUGCCACCAGAUGCCCAGGACCUCAUUUCCAAGCUGCUCCGCCAAAAUCCUCUGGAAAGAAUGGGAACAGGUAGUGCCUUUGAAGUAAAGCAGCAUCGGUUCUUUAAAGAUUUGGACUGGAAUGGAUUACUUCGGCAGAAAGCUGAAUUCAUCCCGCAGUUGGAAUCUGAGGAUGACACGAGCUAUUUUGACACCCGUUCGGAACGGUACCACCACCUGGAUUCGGAGGAGGAGGAGGACACUAACGAUGAUGAUCACGUGGAAAUUCGGCAGUUUUCCUCGUGCUCGCCGAGGUUCAGCAAGGUGUACAGCAGCAUGGAACGUCUCUCCAUCCACGAGGAGAGGAAGACUCCACCACCAACCAAACGUAGUCUGAGUGAAGAAAAAGAUGAUCGGCUGGACAGCCUUGGCGGCUUGAAGAGUCGAGACCGCAGCUGGGUGAUCGGCUCUCCUGAAAUAUUGCGUAAGCGCUUGUCUAUGUCUGAAUCCUCACACACGGAGAGCGACUCCAGCCCGCCCUUGACCGUCCGCCGGCGCUGCUCGGGGCUUCUCGACAUGCCCCGAUUUGCCAUCUCCGCUGAGGACGAGGGAACCGUCCUCAAAAGGCCGCAGUCCGAGGGGCUGCUCCUGUCCGCCGUGCAGCCGCGGGAGGGGCUGCCCGUCCCCAUUCCCGAGCAGCCUGUGGAGCAAGAGUUGCAGCUGGAAGGUGAUGCUGGACCCCCCGUCCCCUCCACGGCCGCCAGCAGCGCCUCGACACUGACAGCUGGGAGCACUGCAGAUUUCUCUGAUCCACGCGCUCGCAGUAAUAGCAAUGAAGGCGCAGACUUUACCACUCCAAAAGCCAUCAGCGAUUUGGCAGUGCGGCGGGCACGACACAGGUUGCUCUCUGGGGAGUCAGGGGAGAAACGUACCUCGAGACCUGUCAAUAAAGUGAUUAAAUCAGCAUCCGCUACUGCCUUGUCUCUCCUGAUUCCCUCAGAUCACCACACGUGUUCUCCAUUGGCCAGUCCAAUGUCACCUCAUUCUCUAUCCUCCAACCCAUCUUCGAGGGACUCCUCACCCAGCCGCGACUUUUCUCCUGCUAUCGCAAACCUGAAACCACCAAUCAUCAUCCAUCGGGCUGGAAAGAAAUACGGUUUCACUCUCCGUGCCAUUCGCGUCUAUAUGGGUGACAGUGAUAUCUACACUGUGCAUCACAUGGUCUGGCACGUGGAGGAAGGUGGUCCAGCCAACGAGGCCGGGCUGCGUGAAGGGGAUCUGAUAACCCAUGUCAACGGGGAGCCGGUCCAUGGGCUGGUGCACACCGAGGUGGUGGAGCUGAUCCUGAAGAGUGGGAAUAAAGUGUCCAUCUCCACGACGCCGUUUGAGAACACGUCCAUCAAAGUUGGGCCGGCUCGAAAGGCCAGCUACAAAUCCAAGAUGGCUCGGAGGAACAAGAAGAGCAAAACCAAGGACGGUCAGGAAAGUAAGAAGAAGAGCUCUUUAUUGAGGAAGAUCACUAAACAAGCAUCGCUACUUCACACCAGCCGGAGUUUAUCUUCACUAAACCGCUCUCUGUCCUCUGGAGAAAGUGUGCCCGGCUCUCCAACUCACAACCUGUCCCCUCGGUCCCCAACGCAGAGCUACAGAUCCACUCCCGAGUCUGUGCACUCAGUUGGUGGCAAUUCUUCUCAGAGCAGCUCUCCCAGUUCCAGUGUUCCCAAUUCUCCAGCCAGCUCCGGCCACAUCCGCCCCAGCUCUCUGCAUGGCCUCGCACCGAAGCUUCAGAGGCAGUACAGAUCUCCGAGGCGUAAAUCUGCGGGAAACAUCCCUCUGUCACCCCUGGCUCACACUCCGUCACCAACCCCGCAGUCCACGUCACCGCAGCGCUCCCCGUCUCCUCUGCCGGGACACUCUGUUGGCAGCUCCAGUAUUAUUCAAUCUUUUCCAGUAAAACUACACUCCUCUCCACCACUGGUGAGACAAAUUUCUCGCCCCAAAAGCGCCGAGCCCCCGAGGUCUCCUUUGCUAAAGAGGGUGCAGUCGGCUGAGAAACUGGCUGCCUCGCUGUCCUCUUCUGAGAAGAAGCUGGCUUCUUCACGUAAGCAUAGCUUGGAUAUCUCUCACUCUGAAUUUAAGAAGGAAAUGCUACAGAGGGAUCCGAGUCUCCAGAGCCUGCAAGAAUCUGCAAAUGAAACAAGCGGUGGCAAACUGGGGCUGGCGGAAAAAGGGCUGUUGCAGAAGCCGGGUUCGCGGAAAUUGGGCGCUAUUCGACAGGACAGGGUGGAGAGGAGGGAGUCUCUGCAAAAGCAAGAGGCCAUCAGAGAAGUCGAUUCUUCCGAAGAUGAAACAGAUGAUGGUUCGGAAGACAGUCAGGAUGGGAGAAGACUGGACAAGCCCCCUGACAGUGGAGACCAAGGCUCAGAUUCUUUUAAUGAGGAUAACAAGUUUUCCUCUAAAUUGGAAAGCAAGGACAGUAUUGAAGAUGAUGCCUUUCUACCUGAAGAUCCAAAAGGUGCAGAAGAUUUGCAGAAGGGAAAUAAUCAACAAGCCAAGCCUGUUUCAGAGCCACUGCAAAUCAGUGUGCACCCUUCCCCAUCAGAGGUCCUCCCAAGAACUUCUCCAGAAAAAUUAGCUAGUUCGGAAAAGCCAUUCCUAAGAUCAGAAGCAACUGCAAAGGAACAUAAAGUGCCAGAAAACAAAACUUUUGAGUGUUUUGGUCCAAAAGGCAAGUCUUCUGAAGUAAUCAAAGACCUAGGGAGAACUACAAGUACUCAAAAACCAAUAGAUCGCACAGAACAUAUACAGUGCCCGUCUAUCAAAAUCCUGGAACUUGAACAAGGUGACUCUUCAGGGGCUCCGUGUGAUAAGGUUGAUCUGAAAGACCCUCUGCUAACAGAAAGCAGUCAGAAAAAACAGGAUUCCAAACCUCUGCUGGCGCUGCCUUCGUGGUACGCGGCAAGCGCCAGCGCUCCUCUCGCGGUGAGCCCCGUGGAUCGCGGUGAGAAGGAUCUCAAGGAGAUACUUCAGCCUGCACAACAGCCCAGCUCCUCACAUCUGUCUCCUGGAAGCGCCAGUGAAACACCCCAAAAGAGCCCUGGUACUGAGAAGCAGCCCAGCUCGUCCCAGGCAGACAGCGCUUCACCUGCCGGCAGAACGAGCCCAGCGGGUCCCGCGUCCGCCACGCUGCUCGUCCCCAGCGCCAUCGAAAGAGCCCUCUCCGUGUCCCAGUUAGUGCCGCUAGCUCAGAGCGUGCUGGGCCCGUUGAAGCUCAGUAUUUCUGGCUCCGGAGAGGUGGAAAAGAGAAAGGAUUCCCCCCAUUUGGGUGCCUCCUGUAAAGAUGAGAGAGAUUUGAAACAAAAAAGGCAGGAACCUUCACAAGCAGGAGCGUGUCAAGAGAAAGCCAAACCAUCUGGUACGGACAGUGUGACGGCAAAAAGCGGAUCCUGCGCGGAGUCGUUAAACUUGGCAAAGCCCUGGGAGGCAACGUGUCCCGCGGUGGCAAAAAAGGAGGCGACGUUUGGCAGUGCUAAAGCAUCUGAAGCAUCGGGAGGGAGCAAACCCGCUCCAUCCAAAGAGCCGCCUCCCGCUCCGGGACAAGCAGCUCUGGGAGCCUCUCCCCUGCCAGAGGGCAGCACGAGGCCCUGGAAAGAAGGGACUCCGGUGCAAGGAAAAGGCAAAGAGGUUGGAAGUCAGUUACAGACACAAGACUUUCCCCUGACACAUGAUGGUGCUGUAAAGAAAACAUAGCAGCAUCCCUGGUACACAUGGACUGGAGCACUCUACGUUCAAAAUAGAGACUGCAUGUUUGAAUUUUGUAAUAUACACUAAUAUAAAAUAGAACUUGUGUACAUCUAUUUUUGGGAGGGUUUUUUUCAUACUGUUUUUUGUGUUUUUUCAUCCUUGCUAUUCUAUUUUUGUACACAGUAAUGCUUGCUGUUUGAGGUCUCUUUAGAACAGGGUAUCUUUAAAGCAGGGCUUAAGAAAUAGUUUGUUGGGUUUUUUUUCCCCUUCCAGACCUUUUAUUUUGCCUGAGUUUAGGGCCUGUCGUGCUCUUCCCUCUAAACCUGCAUUUAUUUGAGAUCCCAAAAAUUCUAAACACAAAAAAGGCAGCUUACUUGCAAAAAUCUGCUUUUCAAGCUUCUCUUUGAAAUGCCAUUGAAAUUCACAAAUUUCAAGUAUUUUCUUUGAACUUACAACGUGGUGUCCUUGGACAAGUAGAAGAAGAUACGCUCUUGUCCGCAAGUUAUUCUGGAGCUACAAAUCCUCUUCCGUGCAAAUAAGGCCUCGUCGUCACCACGUGCGUCCACGAUCCUUAGAGCGUCCAGAGGCAAGAGACGUGGCCGGAGGGGUCGGACGGAGCCGUCCCUGUCUGCUCUUUAAACCAAGUACAAGUAUUUGUCAAUGGAAUUAUCGGAAGGAGAAAUCUCCAAUCCGUAAGCUGGUUUUUUUGGGAUUGUUUUUACUUAUCCUUUACGGGACACAUGGCAACUUUUCCCUCUUGUUUUUAAAAUUUGAGUGAUGUUUUUAUCUUCCUUUCUGUGGCUUCAAUUCAUAACUUGCCCUGCCUCAGAAUAAGCGGCCCUGGGGAAGGGGUGCCUUGUAGGUUGAUUUUAAAGUAGUGACGUUUGUAGUCGUGUGUUCUCCAGUAUGUCUCGGACAAAGUUAUCUCAAUGAUAAAUGACCUUUGGAGACGUUUCCUUCUCUUGGUGAGUCUAAAUAGGUAAAGAUUUUAAGGUGUUCCUUAACAUUUCUGAAUCGGGGCUUGGGAAACUUGCUGAGUUUUCUGAAUGUGCCCGUUCUAACAACAAAACCUGUGAAGAGUUCCGACUCCUCGAGUUCUGUGGAGAAGCUGCAAGCAGACUUCAAAACACAUGUGAUAUUUUAAGAUUUCAGCUUUGAUAGCCAAAUCAUUUCUACUGCUGAGGUCACUUUCCGUUAAAAAAGUACUCUUUGCUCUUAGGUUUAGACAUAGCUUUGAACAGUGCUCUUUGCUGAGGAUUAGCUCAAUAAUAAUACACCAAUAAAUGUGUCGAGUGGUGAUACCUAUAGCACUGUAAGCCAUUUCUUCAUGCAGUUACAGGUUCCUCUCAAUGAACACUCCCGUCAUUCGUCCCAGAUUGUGCUCAGCUUAUAUUCUUGUCUUGUCCGAGUGUAUCUCCCUGCGGAUCCAUCUCCCUGCGGAUCCACCGGCUUCAUCUGCUAGCAGCAGAAUGACCGUGCAACAGUAUUUCAAGCUAAAACCCGCCUCUGUUGGUCUGUCUCGUUACACCGCCGCCUUUCUCAUUGUCUUGGCCUUUUCCAGACUUGAAUUUUUGACUCGCUUUCCCUAGAUGCAAAUCUGGUUUUAUAUAGGAAUAUAUUUUCUCCGUCUCUUUCAACUCGAUUGCAGUUCAAUCCACAAAUCACAAAAUUCUCUGGAAUCCUGCCCUGCUUCUUUCCAUAUAACCAUUGUUUCCCCUCAUUAUAUACUUGAUUUUAGCUGCUUGGAUUUCAUUUCUGGACCAAGUUUUGGGUUGACUUUUUUCUUUUAAUACGUUUCAAUGGGUGUUUACUCCGUGUGUCUGUGUGAACACGUACGGUGUUGUUAAUACACUAACCAAAGCGUUGAUGCUCACAGAUAACACGUUACUAAACCUUGCUGUGCUGGUGCUGAGAGCAGGGCUUGCAGCAUUCUCUCUUUGCUCUUUUCCCUGGAAUUCAUAGGUUACUGGUGUGCACUUGGUUUGCAAUUAUAAACCGCAAUAUUUCCACUGCCUUGUCAGGCUCCUGGGUAUCUCCAGCUCUCAAAGCACUCUUGUUGAUGAGCAUCAUUCUGGGCUGGUUUGGAGCAAUAGCAAGUACACAACAGACUUGCCAGGAUCUGGUGCUUAUCUGGCUGGUUGUCUCGCUGAUGGGUUGAUCUACUAAAAAAUUGAUGAGGAACAAGGUCCGAUUGGCAGUACGGUAUAGGAUAAAAUGGUCGGGAGAAGUGAAAAAUGGAGUCGGCAUCUUGACUCUGGCAAUUGCAAAGACAAGCCUUGAGCUUAUCUCCUGAGAAGAGCACCCAGCCUUGGUGAGGGGGACGUCUCCGUGGAAUCUGACGGGUGAGGACGUGAUCCCGCCUGGCUGUGGAGGGUCCCCGUCUCCUCCCCGUGCUGUGAGCAUCCUGCUGGGGCAUCCACGAAGGGCUCUGCGUUUGGAAAACCUCAGGGGAGACACGGCCUCUCUCUUCGGAGAGCGAGGGCUUUGUAACCCAGCUCAUCCCACGCCGGUUGGAAUGGGACCCCUGAAGGUACCAACCGUAUUGACCCUUUGCAGCUGCUGGUUCCAGUGCUCAAUGGCAGAGUUUUCCUUUCUUAGGCAUAAGAAGACGAGUGAAAUACCUUGCUAUGUCACAGCUUCUGCUGCUUUUGCCCGAAUUGGCUCAAGGAGAGGUGAGGUAUAUGCUUAGUCACCUUUUUAAUUAUAGCUACGGUACAGAAAGUGUUCAGUGCAAUUUUAAAUAGCCAGUUUUUUGGAAGCCAAAGCCAAGCAGUGUUACCAGGAACGCAUCCUAGUGAAGCCCCGCAUCCCGGCUCCUGCUCAGUCCUGCAGUGUUCCUCGGUGUGCCAGGCACCCCAGCUUCCCGUUACACCUUCUGUCAAAUCUACAUGGUGCACCUUAGCAAAAAGUUUGGGCAAGAAGACUUUGUAUAAAAUUUGGGUAAUAAACCAGGUAGAUAACACAGAGACUUACUCCUUGCUCUGCUAAGAAUUGCUUAAAUCGGUUCUCAGAUAAGCUUGCACAACGUGUCGGGGAGGAAGGAGAUGUUGGGAAAGCUGUUUGAAGAGUGAGAGCGUGUUUCGCAGGCGAGAUCAGCCCCGUGUUAGCGAGUCGUGAACUCGGCCUCCGCAGGCACCCCCGGGUCGUAGGGCCCGGAGGGAGGAGCUGUGUGCGUGUGCUGUGUGUUUGGUGAACGAGCCGUGCAUAGAACCAUCCAAAUACGCCGCUUUCCCGCCUCGUUUUCCCCGCUUCCUUCUGUCAGCUUGGAUGUGUCUCCCGCUCCGCGUCCGUUUUGGGAUGAUGGCGUUGAAGCCGGUCCCUGCCCCGUGCCUCAUUUCAGUGUUAUUUUUCCCUUUGUCUCUCGCUGUUGCAAACUAAGAGAAAUGGAUGAUAUUUAUUGUAAAUAUUAGACUUUAGCAUUGUAACGGCCACUCCUGGGUCCGAAUGUCAGAGGCCUUUGGCUGCUAAUGUACUAAAGAGCGCUUGCCAGGGAAGGGGUAGGAGUGACCAGUGGUUUUGGUUGCCACACUGGCGUUCAGGUGUGGAGGUUUUUGGUUGGUUCCUUUUUCGCCGUUGUUUUGUUUUGUUUUCCAAAGAGGGGAGGAUAAAGUCUUUCUCUGGUUUUCUCUUACUGGAUGUGAAGGAUAAUUCUGUACUUCUAGUAGAAGAUGUGACAGAAGUGUGUGUUUACGUCGUGUUCGAUUACCAUGUCCGGUGGCCGUGAGAGCACCUCCGAGCUGGGCUCCGCCGAGCUGUCACUCAGCACUUAGCUAGAUAAGAGAAAGUGUGGAAUCUGUGUUUUUAGAAACUUGAACAAUUGCCACAUAAUAGCGGUGCAAUAAUUUUUAUUCAUGUUGUACCUGCAUGUCGAUGUUCAAAUCCUCCUCCAAAAUAAAAUACUUUGGUUUUUUUCUUUUUUUUUAACAUAAA